AUGACCCACGUCUCUCUCCACCGCUGUCGCUUCGUCGACUUCCCACCCUCGCAGAUAACAGCUCUAGCCUUCUCGCACCCAUCAACACCUGCAUCACCAUAUCCCCCGCCCAAGAACCUGCGAUUAGCGAUUGGCCGCGCGAAUGGAUCUAUCGAGAUCUGGAACCCCCUCUCAGGCGCUUGGGUCUACGAGAGCAUUCUCGCGGGCGGAAAGGGCCGCUCGAUAGAGGGUCUCACAUGGGUUCAGGACCACGAUCCCCACGGAAGAGGUCUCCUCCGCCUCUUCAGCGUCGGGUACUCCUCCGUCAUCACGGAAUGGGACCUAACCACCGGCCGCCCGCGCACGCACACGGACUGUAACGGCAGCGUGAUCUGGAGUAUCGCCGUCCAACCGCGGCUUCAUUCCUCCGAAAAGGUUAACCAGGAUGACCAGGAGGCCUGCGCGCAGAAGAUUGCCGUAGGCAUGCAGGAUGGGACGCUGACGAUUCUCUCGACCGCGGGUGGGAAAGGUGCGUUGAGUUAUGUCAAGACAUUGCAGAGGGCCGGAACAAGUAAAUCCAGGGUCUUGUCUAUGGUCUGGCAGAACAAACACACCGUGGUCGCUGGGAUGGCGGACUCGACAAUUAGGGUGUGGGAUAUCCGCACCGGCCGGGUGGUUUCGAGGUUAUCGCUCAAUAAGGACCGUGGGAGGGACGUACUAGUUUGGGCUGUUCGAGCACUGCCAAACGGGAAUCUGGUGUCCGCCGACUCACGCGGGGAGGUGUGCUUUUGGGACAGGGAUAAAUAUGCGCUCACGCAGAGAAUUAAAGGACAUGAUGGGGAUUGUCUGGCGUUAGAGGUUGGUGGGAUCAAUGGGGAUACCGUUAUCUCUGGAGGUGUGGAUAUGAAGACUAUUCUUUACAAGCAUAUUGGUGAAGGGAGGAAGUGGGGUCAAGUCACGCUACAGCGAUUUCACAAACACGAUGUGAGAGCUAUGGCGGCUUAUGAAUGUGGAAAGUUCAGCGUUAUUGCAUCAGGAGGUGAUAUUUUGUUCAUCCUAGAUUUAACGGAGCCUUUUCUGAUGCAGAUCUAGGUGUUGACAUGACCCCAAUAAUUAUACCCCUCCGACAAUUCUUAGAUGAAGCUCAACUUGAGAUUCCCGCGGUCCCGCAAUCACCAAUUGUCACUUCAGUGCCAGAAUCAAGACUGAUAAUGAGCUGGUGGGAGCAAGAAGUCAAGAUCUGGCGAAUUCAAGAACUAGGUUAUGACGAAAACAAGGGAGACGAACUAUACCUAUUCCCCGGCGAAGAGGAGGGGCGAGGUAGAAAGCUCUUGAGCAGGAUUGUCUUGGCUGUAAAGUCAUCCCGAGUCACUUUCUAUCCAAUCCGCAGCUAAUAAGUCGUACAGAACGACGAGUACAUUACCUCUGCAUCAAUCUCGUCGCCAAUUCCUCAGAACGGCGGACAUGUUCUUGCGGUAUCGACAAUUGCCGAAGUCAAGCUUUUCCUUUUGACACCUUCUAGACCUUCCUCUGGCUCUACAUUCCUAAGGGUUAGCAAAAUAACCAUUCCAGACCCACUACGCCUCGAAGCCCCAGAGGGUGAAAACCACUCCGACGACGGGAUGGAAGAAGAUAUUGACCUCGCCAAUGAAGGGGCAAGGUCCGUCAGGAUAUCUCCAGACAGACAAUGGCUCUCUGUGGUCACCCCCGACUCUCGAGUUCUCAUUGUCAAACUUGCGGUUGACCCACCAGUAGGCCCCAAGUCUAAAGCCGCAGUCAGAUUUGGGUCCUCAGUCUUCGAACUACCCAGACAAGACCGUCCCGAGAUAGCUCCUCGAGCCCCGCCCCCGCCAGCCACUGACACCCCUAGCAAACGCCAACUAAAGCGUCUAGCCCCCCGCAUUGACGAAGGCGACUUAGAAACCUACCCAAGGACCAUAAACCACCACCUCUUCUCCUCCACCAGUGACCUCCUCGCUGUUUCAGACCUGAGUGGUUACCUAGACACCUAUACUCUAGCCAACUUCACCUGGAACCUCAACCCUAAAAACCCCCUCUUACCCCGUCUCAACUCCCCCCUGAGCAUCCUAGCCUUCCGCCCCUCCUCCACAACCAGCCCCGAAGAUCGCCUGCUCCUAAUAACCUCCAAAGACAACCACAUCUUAGAACUCCACCUAACGACGGGUGCGCUAUCUGACUGGUCCCGCCGCAAUCCACCGACCCAUCUGCCAAUAGACUUCCGCACGCUAAAGUCGCAUGCAACGGGCACGUUUUUCGAAACCAGUCAAUGGGAGGCGAAACAGCGACUGUGGAUCUGGUCCGCGAACUGGCUCUGGAUGUUCGACCUCCUAAAGGACCUACCGGAAGUCAAACCCCGUCCCGAAGCUGCGAGAGGAAAGUUAGGUUCAGGAGCGGGGCAUAAACGCGUGAUGACGGGCGGUCUUGUGCCUUCCGGACCAAUUCUUAAUCCCCCCCUCUCUGGUCCUGUUAAAACUGGCGCUAGCGGAGCGGUGACGGACUCAGAAUGGGAAGGCGAAGGCUACGACGACGAAGAUGGCGGAGGAGCUAGCAGAGCCAUUGUCCCCACGGGCACGCAGAAGAAGCGAAACAAAGGUGGUGCCAAGGGUGCGUUCUGGAGCUCAAAUAGGUACAAGAACAUGCUUGGCUUCUUGCCUGUCGGCUGCCGAGAGGAGAUUCUCAUCAAGGGCGAAGGCUGGAGGAAUGGUCAGGUGCUCGAGGCUAUGGAAAUGGUGGUUGUCGAGAGGCCUAUGUGGGACGUUAAGAUGCCGCCUAGGUUCUGCAAGGACGCUGGGGGUCCGGCGAGAGGGGGGGCGAUGUGAUUGCGUUACUGUCAUGAUAUAUUGUAUGGUAUGCGUGGCAGGGAGGAUGGGGUUAUCUAAAAAAAGUUUGGUUUUGCUUAAAAUCUUGGAUGUAUAUUUGCCUGCAGUGCACUUCUCUAUCUGAAAAAUAAUGCCUGCCACGCAAGCUCUAAAGCUCUA